AUGUGCCCCCCAGUCAGCGUGCGGUAUGAGGGACAGGGCAUGUCCUACCUCUAUGCUUCCUGGAUAUAUCAUCUUCAACAUGGAGACCAGCUACGUAUUUGCUUCACUUGCUUCCACGCUGCCUUUCUGAGCUUUAAGGACUUGCUGGAGUCAGAGGACUUGGAAGAUGAAGACUGGGACCCUGAGCUGAUGGAGGACGCUCAGGCAGGGCCUGAGCAGGAGGGAUCUCUGGAGAUGGGGCCCAGCUGGGGGCAGGAUCAAGGGCAGCCUUCACAGGGGGACUCUCAGGCUUGGGGGCCUGGGGCCCUGGCAUCAGCCGCAGCAGGGUCAGAAGAAGCGGACCUGGACGACCACUUUGUGCCCACUGAGUUGGAGCCAGAGGACACAGUGCCCCUGGGCCUGGGCCCUGAGGAUGCUGACUGGACCCAGGGCCUUCCCUGGAGAUUUGGUGAUCUUGCUACCUGCUCACACUGGCCAAUGGAGCUGGGCACCAUCUGGGCCAUGGACCCUGCCCAGCCUGAGACCUUUUUACUGGACCUGCACUUUUUCUUCAUGGUGGGCUGCUUUGAUGGCAUCUAUCUCCAGAAAUUGACUCCCGGCUGGGCCCUGAGGACCCCAGGUCAGUGCUGGAAACUAUUGCUAGAACCCGAUGAGGUGUGGGUGGUGAGUCUCCAAGAUGCACCCAAGGAGUAUGACCUACACCGCUGGAAGCUGAGCAUUCUGGAAACCACCUCUCCAGGGCAGAGUGAAGAGCUUGUCCCUGCAGACAUAGCCCUACAGAAGAGAGGAUUCACCAUUGUCUCUUUUCCACACUGGACCAAAGAGGAGGAUGAGGAGGGGGACUUAGCCUCUCAGGCACAGUCCUCCACCCAGGGACAUGAUCCCAGGACCACUGAGACCUGGAGCAUUAGGCCCACGGGGCUUGGGGAAAGCCUGGCUGUCGUGCGAGCCUUGGCCCUGGGGGAGCUGCCCCAUUUCCAGCUCCUCAAUGGGUCCCAGAUGUCAGGAACCAAGACCCAAGUGGCCACCCUUGUCCUGGCUGCCUCAGGACACCAAUUGUCCUUUCACAACAGCCAGGGAGCAAUUGACCAAGCAUGGAGAACCUUUGCCUGUGAAGGGACCGGGUAA